AUGACUCGAAAUUUUAUUUUUGUAUUCAUUUUAUUGACUAUUUUUACCAUUAUCAAUGCCAUACCGUUUCAUAAAAGAGCGGCUUUCUUUGGUCCAUGUCCUAACGUAGAAGAUACAUUCUCUGUAAAAAUGGACCCUGAUCCACUUAUUUCUCCACAUCUCACAACUUUUACUAUUACUGGAGAAGAGGUGACUGGUCGAUCUAUCGGCCCACUUGACCAACUUGUUGUUACAAUAGGUGCUACAGGUCCAGUACAACCUCCCUCUGUAUUUCCUGUUUGUAAUGCAACUGAUUGUCCAAUUAAUUCCGGAGUCGAGUAUUCUACAACAGGCACAUUUUUACUAAACGCCACUUUACCUUCAGAAUAUCAAAUUAUAUUGGCCAUUGGAAAUUUAAAUACUAGUUCACCACAAAUGACAUUUAUAAAUGAUAUAAUCCUCGCUUGUGCAAUGACUACUAUUACGAAUAGAUAA